AUGGCCUAUCUAGAACAGUAUAAGAAGGUGUCUAAAGACAAGAGAGUUGGAUACUAUGAUAGAUACAAGAAUAAACUUGAUACAAGUGAUAUUAAGGUGGUAGAGUAUAUGAGAUGCCUCACAUGUUACUGGGAAGAAAUGGUUGAUCAAGCAGAGAAAAGGCCUCAGACAGUAGGUGCCUCCCUUCGUACCCGUUCACUCUUUGGGGGAACAAAUUACCGAAGGAUGAUUGAACCACUGGACAUAGCUGAUUACUACAAGGCAGGCAAACAAGACUACAUAAAUCAAGGAAGGUCAAAACGUUACAUAAUAUUAGAGCAAUUGCUGAAAGAAACAGAGAAACCUUCAAGUGGUCCAAAUGAAUUGAAGAAACAGAAUGUGGCGUCAAGUCUGACAAAGGAUUCUUGCUUUUGGGCACAUGUUGAGGAGGCUCGCAUUUCAUGCAAAUUGCUGAGUAGCGGAGAAUCAAAUGAUAUGGAGAAAGAAAGAAACAAAUUGAUUGAGUUUGAAAACUAUGUAUACGGUUUGAUGAAAAAUUAUGCAGUAUCUUCUGAGAUUUUCUUACCUGGGAGCAGCUUCAUGACAUGGUGGAGAGACUAUAGAGAGAUUAAGGGAACUUUUUAUCAUUCACAUCUCACUAGCUUAAUGAAUAAUGAAGAGAAUUAUGACAAGUACGCUAAGGGCCGCUUGGUGAUUCCCUGA